AUGGUUCAAAUCUUAUACGAAGGCACUGAAUGUGCUGUGCUGGAUGGGAAUGAAGAGUCCGACUGGUUCAAAGUCAAAACUGGAGUUAAGCAAGGAGAUGUAAUGUCUAGUUUUAUUUUCCUGAUAAUAAUAGACUGGAUAAUGAAGAGAACAACUGAAGAAAGCAACACUGGAAUUAGAUGGAGAUUCACAUCAAAACUCGAAGACUUAGACUUUGCAGACGAUAUCGCACUUGUGUCACCAAACUGUCAGCAAUUGCAAACAAAAGCUUCAAAACUCUCACAAUUUGCUGCACAAACUGGGCUCAAAAUUAAUAAGAAGAAAUCAGAAGUGUUAAGGAUAAAUAACAACAGUUAUAAUAGAAUACAAAUGGGAAAACAGCAACUAAAUGAAGUCGAUAAAUAUACUUACCUGGGUGCUAUUGUUAGUAAACAAGGAGGAGGGGGAGAUGGUAUCAUUAACAGAAUCCAUAAGGCCAGAAUAUCAUUCAUGAAGUUAAAUAGAAUAUGGAGUUCACACAUUUACACCCUACCUACCAAACUGAGGUUAUUUAACACACUUGUCAAAUCAGUUCUACUAUACGGAUGUGAGACCUGGAAAGUAAACCAAAGUGACGAAUUGAAACUAGACACAUUCCAGUUCAAGUGCUUAAGAAGAAUCCUCAAAAUUAGAUGGCUGUACAUUGUACAAAAUAAUGUAAUUCUACAGAAAACAAAUUCGAAGAAUAUAAGUACAGAAAUCAUGUCUCGUAGAUGGAAAUGGCUUGGACACAUAUUGUGUAACCUUGCACCCUGUGCGUUACUAUUUUCUGUUCUGGUGGAGGUAGAAAUGAAUCAAACGCGUAGACAACGUAGAGUUAACAUAAAUGGUACAUGCUUUAUUCUUGCACGGUGUACAUCUACUGUGUCAUAUGAUGUCACAAUGUCGAUGCGCUACGCCUACGUCUACGUCUACGACUACGGUUUAAACUAUGCUGAGCGUACAAGUCCAUCGCUACGAUUGGUGUAA